ACCAGAAGUUAUUCAGAGAAUUUGAAUUCCAUAAAAGAAUUCUACUAUCUUUUUUUUUGAAAAUGGCUUUUCGCAAUGGCACCACCACCACCACUAUAAACCACCAGAAUGGCGCUUCAAUUAUCCUUAAAAAUGGCAGCACCGAUGAGUUUGGGUGUAUUAAGCCCGGGUGGUUCUCGGAGUUUAGCCAAUUGUGGCCUGGCGAAGCAUUCUCACUUAAAAUUGAAAAGUUACUAUUCCGAGGGAAGUCUGAUUAUCAAGAUGUUAUGCUCUUUGAGUCAACAACUUAUGGGAAAGUUCUGACUUUGGAUGGAGCAAUUCAACACACAGAAAAUGGUGGAUUUCCAUACACGGAAAUGAUCGUUCAUCUCCCACUUGGUUCCAUUCCAAAUCCAAAAAAGGUGUUGAUCAUCGGUGGAGGAAUUGGUUUUACAUUAUUCGAAGUCCUUCGCUACCCUACAAUCGAAAAAAUAGACAUAGUUGAGAUUGAUGACGUUGUAGUAGAUGUAUCUAGGAAAUUCUUCCCUUACCUAGCAGCUGGUUUUGAUGAUCCCCGUGUAACACUAGUUCUUGGAGAUGGGGCUGCAUUUGUGAAAGCUGCACAAGUAGGAUAUUAUGAUGCCAUUAUAGUGGACUCUUCUGAUCCAAUUGGUCCAGCAAAAGAAUUGUUUGAGAGGCCAUUCUUUGAGGCAGUAGCCAAAGCUCUUAGGCCAGGAGGAGUUGUAUGCACACAGGCUGAAAGCAUUUGGCUUCAUAUGCAUAUUAUUAAACAAAUUAUUGCUAAUUGUCGUCAAGUCUUUAAGGGCUCUGUCAACUACGCUUGGACUACUGUUCCUACAUAUCCCACAGGGGUAAUUGGUUAUAUGCUUUGCUCUACGGAAGGACCAAAAGUUGACUUCAGAAAUCCAGUCAACCCAAUUGACAAAAAGCCUUCUCAUAUCAAAUCCAAAGGACCUUUGAAGUUCUACAAUUAUGAUAUUCAUAAAGCAGCUUUUAUUUUGCCAUCGUUCGCAAGGAAUUUGAUGGAGUUGGAAUGAAAUUGAUUAAGCAAGUUUUCUGGAUCGUUUGAAGGCGUAAAAAUGGUUUCACCUUGGAGCUAUCUAGAGUUCUGUAUUGUUAUAUUUUUUGAGAUGUCAGAAAUAAUUUAGUGUUGUACAUAUGUGGACGACGUUGUUUUUGUUGAUGGUUAUUUUAAAUAAAAGGAGAGUUAGUUAUGCUUGGUCAGGUGAAACAA